AUGUUCAGCCUUCUUCGUCGACAGUAUGACAGCAUCGGGGAGCUCUUACGGGCCAUGAGGAAAACCUACACCAUCAGCGCCGCCUCCGUGGAAGACACUAUGAAUUUGUUGGCUUCUCUGGGACAAAUCCGCUCUCUGCUCAGUGUCCGUAUGGGCAAAGAAGAGGAGCUGCUGAUGAUUGAUGGUCUUGGCGACAUCAUGAACAACAAAGUCUUCUAUCAGCAUCCAAACUUGAUGCGUGUGCUGGGGAUGCAUGAGACGGUGAUGGAGGUCAUGGUGAACGUGCUGGGAGGUGACAAGUCUCAGCAAAUCACAUUCCCCAAGAUGGUGGCAAGCUGCUGUCGGUUCUUGUGCUACUUCUGCAGAAUCAGCAGGCAGAACCAAAAGGCAAUGUUUGAACAUCUUGGCUAUUUGUUGGAAAACAGCAGCGUUGGACUGGCUUCUCCAUCAAUGAGAGGCUCCACACCUCUGGAUGUUGCCGCGGCUUCUGUAAUGGACAACAAUGAGCUUGCUUUGGCUUUACAGGAACCAGACCUGGAGAAGGUAGGGGCAAAAUCAUUGCAGAACCUGUAGAGCUGCAGUGUGGUGGC